AUGCAUUUUAGAGUGAUGACGUCAUCUCUAUCGACCAGUGAAAACUUCUUUUUAAACAAUUCCGCAGAACCAUAUACAGUCAUUUGGCUUGAUGUUCAAGUGAAUGCCACUAAAGAAAAUCUGGGUUCACAAAUUAAAUUACGAUCUAUGGCUGAGUGUAAUUUAUUAGUAGCUGUUCAUCCAAAUAAAUGUGAAGAAUAUUUGCACCAACAGUCAAAUGAGAAGCUUAUUUUAAUUAUCAGUGGUCAAUUAGGAAGGGAAUUCGUACCUCGUGUUCACGAUCUUCCACAGUGGUCAACUAUUUAUGUAUAUUAUUUUCAUAAAGAAAUGAAUGAAAAAUGGGCUGAAGAAUACAAAAAAAUAAAAGCUGUUAUUACAGAUAUCGAUGAAUUAUUCACCACAGCUUCAACACAUCAGAAAAGGCUUGAAAGAAUGAACGAUCAACUAUCUUAUACGGCCUUAACCGGCGAACAAUCAUCAUCAAUUUCAAAUGCUGAAUUUAUGUAA